AAUUUCAGAUGAUGCGGACUGCAGAGCGAUCCGAGAUUUACCAGCAGUGUAUUUUCACUUCGGCUCCUAAUUAUUAUGUUCCUUUGAUUAUAGACCGUCACUUUUAAUUUGUAUUUCAAACAAGCAGAUCUUAUGCUCCUAGAAGACUAUUUUGAUGAAGAUGAAGAGCCACCUUUGCUGUUCUGUGGUCUCGAUUUUCACGGUGCUGUACUGCCACCGAGUUCUGGGCCUUCAGUGUGGACCACAAGAGUUGCUCAAUGGUGAAGGCCAGUGUGUGCCCUGUCUACAGUGCCCUGCCGGAGAGGAGCCUGACCAGUAUUGCAGUUCCAGCAAUGACCAGGAAGCACAAUGUCGGGCCUGUGCAGUGGGCACUUUCUCAGACAGCCUGAGCUCUUGGCCUUGUAGAGCACACUCCUGGUGUGAGAACUUGAAUCGUGCUCAGCUCAGCCCUGGCACAUCUACCACAGAUGCAGUGUGUGGAGACUGCUUACAUGGGUUCUUUGACACCGAGGGCAUGUCCAUUCUCAUUAACGAAUGUCUUCCGUGUGCGAUGGCUCCAGUGGGGACAGCUGCCUGUGAAGAUGUCCAGGACUUGGUUCCAAAAAUCUUGCACAGCACUGGGAAAAAUACCCCCAAACUGGUUGUCUCAGUUGCUACUAAUGGAACAAUUGCCAGCCUACCAGAGGAAAAAAACACAGAGUAUGCAGUAUUUGCACUUGUACCUAUUUUCUGCAUCAUGGGUCUUCUGGGAAUCUUGAUAUGUAACGUCCUGAAAAAAAAAGGCUACCACUGCAUGACGGAGAAGGAGGCCAGUGAUGAACAGUCCAGUAUGCAGGAGAAGGAUGGCAGUGGCUGCCCUUAUAUAAUUGAUGACGGCAAUGAAGACACCAUCAGCGUGCUGGUGCGACUGAUCACAGAGAAGAAAGAAAAUGCUGCUGCUUUGGAAGAGCUUCUGAAAGAAUAUGAAAGCAAACAGAACACUGUGAGCAAGAGAUCUUCCAUCAGAUUUCCUCCUCUGCCUCAGCUACACCAGUUCAAAUCUCUACCCCACCUCUGCAAACACCAGCAGCACCUACACACUGUGCAUGGACUUGUGGCACCCAGUGGCCCCUGCUGCACCCGCUGUACACAGAAGAAAUGGCCAGAAAUCCUGGUACCCACUGACACAACAAAGUCCUCAAAGGUGGGGAGCAAAAACACCCGUCCAGGAGAGAUCACCAUCCUAUCUGUGGGCAGGUUUCGAGUGGCCCACAUCCCUGAACUGAAAUCAAUGCCACUGGAAGAGCUCAGCCCCCCAGAGUCAAGUGACACAGACUCCAUCGACACUUCACACACAGAGCCAGCAGAAGAGAAAUCCCUUUUGGGUGGCUCGUCUUCAUCACGUGCCAAGUCCAAGUGGCUGAAACCUGGGGACAGCAAAUUAGAGGACAGAAAACUCAUCAUAAAGCUGGGAGAAACUAAUCUUAUAAUAUAAAGGUAAACAACUGAUGGAACAAGCACAGUUUGGCCAAAUUCUGGGAAGACCAACCGCUGAUGUCAAAACGAAGGCUGAAAACUUGGAAAUGUGCAACACACAUCAACAAAGCCCAGAACAAUCUGUAAAACUGUCACUUUAAUCUCCGAUUUGCUUCUCAUGUCUAGGAGGAGCGUUAAAAAUGCUUUAUUUUGGCAAAAUUGCUGAAGAAUCAAAUUAGCCUUUCAUAAAAGUUUAUUUUUUCAACAUGAAAACACUAAAUGGCUUCUUUUCAUAGCCACUGACAACAGUGCUGGAGUGGCAGGAAAAAGCAGCAGCCAGUGUUGGAUUUGAGAUUUGAAA